AUGGAUUUAACAAUAAAGUGUAAAGUAUGCAGAACAUUUGAAUCAAGGUCAACCGAUGCAUUUAGAUUACAUGGUAUCAAUCAUUGUAUACCAUCGGUUGCUCGAUACUUUGGUUUCACUCAAGAACAACUAUUUAAACAACUAGUACAACGACAACAUGAUGAUGUUAAAGAAGAAGAUGAAGAAGAGGAUAAUCAACAAGAUAUAUUAAAAAAGAGAAAGAGAGAUCAUCUUUAUGUGAAUCAUCAUUAUUUCAAUAAUAAUAAUAAUAAUAAUAAUAAUAAUAAUAAUAAUAAUAAUAAUGAAUAUGGUGAUAACAAGAUGAUAGUAGAGAAUAAUUCUUCAAAUGAUAAUCUUCUUCUUUCUAUUGUUCCUCUUCCUCUUCAUGUAAACGAAUUAAACGAGUAUGAUGAAGAAGAUAACGGAAGUACAUCACAUGUUGGUAAAGAUAUCAUCAAUUCACCUCAUCUUGUUUGGAUAAAGCUCCUCGAUAAAGAAUGUACAAUUGGUGGUUUGAAAUGUGCAAUUAAAAAUAAUCGAUUAGAUAUCGUUCAAUAUUUCCAUCAACGAUACCCAUCAUCUACUCUUUUAUGGACUAGUGAUCUAUUGGAUGAAGCUGCUAGUUACAAUAAAUUGGAUAUUGUAAAAUUUCUUCAUGAAAAUAGAUCAGAAGGAUGUAGUACUUUGGCUAUGGAUGAAGCGGCCAAGUAUGGGUAUAUUGAUAUUGUUAAGUUUCUACAUUUUAAUCGCACAGAAGGGUGUACUACUGAUGCUAUUGAUUGUGCCAAAAACUUGGAAGUGAUAAAGGUAUAUUAA